AAAUGGUUCUGUUGAAUAAAAUUAUCGUUCUUUUGUCGCUUUUUUGAAAUACUGUGUAAUUUAUUAAAAAUAUAUUAUUCUUUUUUUUAAACAAUGGCUGAAGACACUAAAUUUAUUGUAACUGAAAUAAAUAAAUUAUUAUCACGAAAUUACAAUUUAAUUUCGUUUAGUGCAUUAGGCUCUGAUGAUUUGCUUCAGGUACUUAGUGAUGUAUUAUCUGAAAUUGAACAAAAGGAAAAUGGAAAAAUUGACAUUAGAACUGAAAAUCCAGAACAAAGUUCUAUUCGAAUUUUUUCACUUCUUCGAGUACUUAAAUAUCAACCAGAUACAGAUCCUGUUUUGUUUAGGCAAGGUUUAGUAAAAGGCGAGACAGAAACAAUUUAUCCUAUAUUAAAAUGGAUUUUAUCGAACGUCAAUAUUGCCCGUCAACGAGCUUAUUUGUCCCGUUUUUUAGUGAAGGUGGAAAUACCAACGGAAUAUUUAUCAGAUCCAGACAUUGGAUCCAUAUACGAAAAAUAUUUGAAUAUGGUAGAGGAAUUUAAAACUCUUCAUAAAGAUAGAGAAACUGGACGAAAGGGGGGAGAAACUGCUGCCGAAUUGAAAGCUGACGUUGAAGCAAUGGAAAAGGAGAAAAAAACACUAAUUGGAAGAAUUGAGAGAAUGAAAAUAAGAAUUGAACCAGCAAAACAUUUAUUGGAUGCAGCUCAACAUUUGAGACGUGAAAGAGAUCGAGAACGAGAAUUAGUUUUACAAAAAUCACAAGAAGCUGAAGCUUACGAAGCAGUGGAGAUGGCCCUUCAAAGAGCAGAAAAAGAAUUAGAAAUAUUAAAAGAUGAGGGUGCAGGUCUAACACCUCAAACUGUAUUGCAACGAUUAACCGAGGAAGUCUCAGUUUUAACUGUUAUUGCCAAUGAACGUUUACCAGAAGAGAUAAAAAAUAAAAAACUUCAAUUAGAAGCAUUAACAGCUGUUGUUGAUUCACCUUAUAUUGGAACCGAUGAAAUUGCCGCAUUGCGAACAAAAUUAGAUGCCGCAGCUCGAGAAGUUCAAGAAUUAGUCGAAAAGAAGGCUUCUGAAAUGGGAUCUGAUAAAAUGGCCCCAUUUAGGCAACAAGCAGCUGCAAUUGGAAAUAUCAAGAAAAAUGUAUUAGAUAAAUUAGAAAAAAGUGAAUCGACUUUAACAGAACUUGAAGCUAAAUUAAAGGAGAAAAAAGAGAAAGCAAAACUUGUCUCAGAGGAAACUGCCCCCGAUGGAGAAGAAUUUAAACGAUAUGUCGCUCGUUUAAAAACUAAAAGCACUUUAUAUAAACAAUCCAAAGCUGAAUUAUCUGCUCUUAAAGCAGAAAAUGGAGUUCUUCGACGUACAAUUGAAAUUUUAGAGAAUCAGCUUUCGGAAAUUCAAACAAAUGAUGAAGCGGAAUUAAUGACAUUACCUGAGAAUUUUACAAAAGAGACUGCAAAUGAAAUUAAUAAAAAGCUAGCGGAAGAAAUUGCAAAACUUCAAAAAGAAUUGGCUCCUUUAUUGGAUGAAGUGAAACCAUUGAGGAAAAAAGCUCAGGAGCUUGAAGAAAAAUAUGAAAAGGCUGUCAAGAAUCAUGAUUCAGUUCAAGCAAGUAUGGAUGAAUCAACAUCUGAAUUAGCUCAAGAAGUCGAAAGUCUUAAAGCAUCCAUAAAAGAGACUGUGGAGAAAAAUAAUGAAUUAAAUAAAGAAAUGGAUAGAAUGAAAUAUCUUGAGGAAAGAUUAGAACAAGACAAGAAGAAUUAUGCAAAUAAAAGCGGUGAACCAACUUUAAGGGAUGAAUUACAAGAAUCAAUACAAGCUGAAGAAAAAAAAAUGAAACUACUAAAAGAAGAUGAAAAACAUCUUGCAGAACAAGCUUCCCAAAAUGAAUAUCAAGUUCAACAGUGGAAAAAUAUCUCAUCAAUUCUCGAGGCAAAAGUGAAAUGUGCUGAAGAAUUGAAAAAACGUGAUGGAAUUGUAGUUCGAGAAAAGGGGGCAGAAACUUUAAUUUUGCAAUGAUUUUGGUAAUUAUUUAAAAAUUGCUUCAUUGAAUUAAUUUUUUUUGUUUUUAAUUUCAAUUAAAUGUAAAUUAAAAAUUUAA